AUGUCUAAUCUUACAAAACUUGAGUUUGUGGCCCUUGAUAUUACCGGGAAGAAUUAUUUAUCUUGGAUACUUGAUGCUGAAAUUCAUCUGGCUGCAAAGGGUCUUGGUAAUACUAUCAAGCCUGGAAAUAAUGAAUCGGAUCAAGUUAAGGCCAAAGCUAUGAUAUUCCUUCGCCAUCACCUUCAUGAGGCUCUAAAGAAUGAAUAUUUAACUGUUAAAGACCCAGAGGGUUUCACGAAAUACUCUGAACUCAUAUCUUGUCUACUUGUGGCUGAACAAAAUGACGAGCUAUUAUUAAAAAACCACGAGUUACGACCUACUGGUUCUGCACCAUUCCCUGAAGCGAAUGCUGCAUCCCAUGAUGGAAAGACAAUAAAUAAUAAAGACCAUGCCAGUAGCAGGGGUCGAGGCCGUGGUAGAGGUCGUGGCCGUGGAAGAGGAUAUAAACCUACUAGAGGUCGAGGUGGUUAUGGACCUAGUGGAGGUCGAGGUGGUUAUGGACCUAGUAGGGGUCGAGGUGGUUACUCCAAGAACUCCUAUUCUCACCAGAAGUGGGACAAUAACAAUGCUACCAAACACGAGAAGGAUAAUGCGACUAGUGUGUGCUACCGUUGUGGAGGAAAUGGUCACUGGUCUCGUGUAUGUCGUACCCCAAAGCAUCUUAUUGAUCUCUACCAGCAAUCAUUGAAGCAAAAAGGAAAGAAGGUAGAGACAAAUCUUGUGUUCGAGGACGGUGAAGGUGAUUUUGCUCAUGACAAUGCGACACACUUGGAAGUUGCUGAUUUCUUCACCACCCCCGAAGGGAAUAAUUGA